UUGUCUUGUGUUGGACCAAAAAAUCUUAAUAGAGACAGCUGUCGUGACCCUAGGCGUUCCCACUCAACUCAACCGACAUCUGCCACCCACACUCAAGACAUCGAUGGAAGAAGAAGAACAACAUGGUGAAGCUCAUCCACCAUCUCCUUCCAGUUUCAAAACUCUUCUUCAAAUCCUCUUAUAAACUCCCACCUCUCACAAGGGCAAGGACUUUCUCUCAGUUUUACACCACCACUAUGUCCGUUAACCUCCAGACACACGCCUUCGCCGGCAACCCUCUGAGAUCCAAAGCCGGCGACCCGAAAGCGGCGCUCGAAUCCCUAAAAACCCGAAUCUCGGAUUCCGGCGCCGCCCUUUCGCCGAAUUUGAAGGUGCUGCCGUUCAGAAACGGGAAGCCGCUGGCGUCUUCGACGGGGAAGCUGGGUUGGAUCGGUUUGGAGGAUCUCAAGGGGAUGUUGGUGGGUGCGGACCUGAGCGGUGACUCGUUCGUGUAUCUGGGUUCCCGCGCCGACCGAGAUGAUGAUGAUGAUGAUGCUUACUGGGCGGUUGACGUCUCUGGAUGGGAGCGUGCCUCCGUGUUGGUCCCUGAACGGUUGUGUUUUGUUGAGCUCAGAACGCUCAUGGUCGCCACUGAUUGGGUUGACUCUGCCGCCAUGGGGAACUUGGCUAUUGCUGGUCAUGCGAGGGCACUGUUAGAAUGGCAUAAUUUAUCACGAUUUUGUGGACAUUGUGGAGAGAAAACAGUCCCGAUGGAAGCUGGGAGGCGGAAAGAAUGUUCAAAUGAAUCAUGCAAAAAGAGGAUAUAUCCACGAAUUGACCCGGUUGUCAUUAUGCUAGUAAUUGAUCGAGAAAAUGACCGUGCCCUUUUGAGCAAACAAUCCAGAUUUGUUCCUAGAAUGUGGAGCUGCUUGGCAGGUUUUAUAGAGCCAGGAGAAAGCUUGGAGGAGGCAGUGAGAAGAGAAACAUGGGAGGAAACUGGUAUUGAAGUGGGAGAAGUUGUGUAUCACAGUUCUCAGCCCUGGCCUGUGGGACCAAAUAGCAUGCCAUGUCAGCUGAUGGUUGGGUUCUUUGCAUAUGCGAAAUCCCUUGAAAUUAAUGUGGACAAGGAAGAGCUAGAAGAUGCUAGAUGGCAUAGUAGAGAAGAUGUUAGAAAAGCUCUGACAUUUGCUGAGUACAAGAAAGCCCAAAAAACUGCAGCAGCUAAGGUAGAACAAAUGUGUAAGGGAGUAGAAAAAACUCACAGCUUGACUACAGAUUUCAACGUUGAAAGUGGCGAACUUGCUCCCAUGUUUGUUCCUGGACCCUUUGCCAUAGCCCAUCACCUUAUUUCGUCUUGGGCCUUCCCUGAUCAAAAUGUAAAUGGCGUUGAAUGUCAUUCAAAACAUCCUAGUGGUUCUGUGUCAAAUUUGUAGGAGUGGCUGAAUUUUUGUUUACAAGGCCGCUUUGGAUGCAAAGCUUAUUAUUAUUAUGGUUCUCCGAGGUCUGUAAUGUUCAAAGGAAUGUUAUUUUCUUAUUGAAAUUUGAUUGAUAUGUAUUAAUUAUAGAUGAUUUGGAAGUACAAUGUAUAGAUAAAUGUCCAAACUUAUCUCAACAA